AUGAAUCCACCAACUAUUAUACUUGAUGUUGGGGGUGUCCUCUACAAAACGAGAAUAUCCACACUGUGUUCUGCUGAUGGCUACUUUCGAGAUCUAUUCCGGCGAGAUUGGCACAAUGAACUGGAUGAGAAUAAGAAUUUGUUCAUAGAUAGAGAUGGGGAAGUUUUCAAUAUAAUUCUCAAUUUCUUGCGAGAUGGCUUUUCAAGUCCUUUGCCGAAUGAUGAUUACACCCUGAUGUGUCUAUUGCAAGAAGCUAGAUAUUACCGCUUAAGUGAUCUCAUGAAGUUAGUAGAACGUAAACUUUCCUAUGAUGAUUUGCCGUUGAAAGAGAAAAACAAGAAACCACUCAAAACAAAGCAGAGAGAUACCUUGCUGAAAAAAACCGAGAAAAACAAAAAAGAGAAGAAAAAAGUUACAACAAGUUCAUAUGAAGGUCGUAGUUUACCUCCAAUACCAGCUGAAACGAUUCCAGUUUUGAAUGAUUACGAUCAACGUAAUUCUGAGAAUGAUUGUCCUCCCAUGCCAACUAGAAAGUCAGCAGCUGAAAAGCAAAAACGAAAAGAGAACGCUGAUACCAUUAGUUUACCACGAAACUUUACACAUGUAGCACACGUGGGAUGGAAUGGAUCUGGGAUUAUCUUCGAACAACGUUUAGCCAACAAUGAUAAUGCAGUUCAUGCCAUAAUCCGUGCUGCCGGUGAAGCUGAUUUGAAUCCAGUUUAUAACGUUGUGAAUGGAGAGGAUGAACAGUAUGGCAGUAAUUCUGUUGAAGUUUUUCUUGCUGGACCUCUUAUGAAAACAAAAGAGACAACUAAGGUAGGUUUUUACAGUGCUCCGCAGAAACGACCGUUACCUCCUCCUAAACCGAAUCUAUCUCAUCCUCCACGUCCAGCUUCAGCUAACAAAUGA